AUGGAUCCAUUGAAGUAUAUUUUCCAGAAAGCUAUGCCGACUGGAAAACUGGCGAAAUGGCAGAUGCUUCUGAGCGAGUUUGACAUUGUUUAUGUUACUCAAAAAGUGGUAAAAGGACAAGCAUUGGCCGAUCAUCUUGCAGAAAAUCCAAUCGACGAAGAAUAUGAACCGCUCAAAACAUAUUUCCCUAACGAAGAUGUAUUGUUCAUAGGAGAAGCCAUUUCUGAGUCAUACCCUAGUUGGAGGGUAUUCUUUGAUGGAGUGGUGAAUUAUAAUGGAGCUGGAAUUGGAGCGGUUCUAAUAUCGGAAUUCGGUCAACAUUACCCCGUGACGGCUAAACUUCGAUUUCAUUGCACCAAUAAUAUGGCAGAAUACGAGGCUUUCAUUCUUGGUAUAAUGUUAGCCAUUGACAUGAAUGUCCAAGAUUUUCUAGUAAUUGGAGAUUCAGACUUGUUAAUUCAUCAGGUUCAAGAGGAAUGGGCCGUGAAGAAUCCAAAGAUUGUACCAUAUGCACAAUUGGUGCAAAGAUUCUGCAAAAGAUUUCGAAAGAUAGAUUUUAUGCACACUCCAAGGUUGCAAAAUGAAUUUGCUGAUGCUCUUGCCACUAUCUCCUCUAUGAUCAAGUAUCCAGAUCAGAAUUACAUUGAUCCUUUGGAGAUAGAUUUAAAGGAACAACCCACUCAUUAUUCGCAUGUCGAAGCGAAACCAGAUGGAAAGCCUUGGUAUUAUGAUAUAAAGAAGUACCUGGAGACUGGAAUUUAUCCAGAAGAUGCGACAUCCAAUCAAAAGAAGGAAAUAUGUCGAUUGGCUAACAAUUUCUUUCCAAGUGGGGAAAUCCUUUAUAGGAGGACUCCAAAUUUGGGACUCCUCAGGUGCGUAGAUUCCAUGGAAGCUACAAGACUUCUUGAGGAGGUACAUGCUGUAGUCUGUGGACCUCAUAUGAAUUGGCUUACUUUGGUAACAAAUAUCAUUCGAGCUGGUUAUUUUUGGAUGACUAUGGAGCAUGAUUGUUGUAGAUUUGUGCAAAAGUGUCAUAAAUGCCAAGUACAUGGUGAUUUGAUCAGAGUACCCCCUCACGAACUUAAUGCUAUGGGAUCACCUUGGCCAUUUGUGGCCUGGGGCAUGGAUGUCAUUGGCCCAAUUGAGCCAGCCGACUUUAAUGGACACAGAUUUAUUUUGGUUGCCACUGAUUAUGUAACACCCUGA